GUAAAUUUGCAGGUGGAAAUAUCUGAUAAAAUGUCGGAUAUUGAGAGUAUGGAUCAAACAAAGGAACAAAAGAAAACCUGGGUCUUCUUUAAGAAUGACUACGAGGAUAUAAAAAACCCUUGGGCAGGUGAUACAACUUUGCCUGUGGAACAAAGAAGUUCCCCAACACAGGAUGGGGAGGAGGAUACCCCGAAUUUUAGUAACCAAGGAAUAAGACAAGAGCAAGUAGAAAGUAGGAAACGAGAAGCAUUAAACCCCUUUUUCGAGCCUACAGAUGCUCUUGUGAGACAGACAGUCAGACAAACCGGCUCUAUAGGGACGAUAAGUGCCCCAACAUCUGUCCUUAAUGGGGGACAGAGGAGAGCAAAGUAAAGUGCCCACUGCACAAGCCAGUGGAUUUAGCACUGGAUAUUUGACAGGAGAUAAUUGGACCACGGGUGGUAAACCGUGGAAGGAUCCUAUGGAGGAAAUAGGGACGCAGGAUUUCCCUUUAGUGAACAGGAAUUCGAUCAAUUGGCCUGGAAAGGAAAAAUUGGAACCAAACCCAUUCAUGGAUACCGUUCCAGAAAAUGGGAUGGAGAGGGCAUCUGACCCCUGGAAUUCACCCAUCCUACAGUUGGGAUCUAGGAGGAAGUUCCCCAAAACAUCCACAAGAAUGACACCGGGAAGGGAUGCCCCAAAGUGGGGAGAGUGCUCUCCUACUUUGAGUGAAGAACUGGAUAAGCAGAAAUUGCUUGUAACUGAGAUUGGAUGUAAUCUCUCGAGACUGGAUAACACAGUCAUAUAAAUGGAGGAGAAAAUAGACAACCUUUGUCAGCAAAAUCAGAGAGAUAAUUUCCAGAUGAUAAAUAAGGUGGAAAAUGUUGCCAAAAUGCUAAGCAUUCGUGUAGAAGAUGUGGCUAACACUGUGCAGAUAUUGGCUAACACAGUGGAAGAGAAUCGGA